AUGUCCCUUGUUUCCUCCCAUUCAUUUUGCUCAAACUCACCAAAGAGACGACCUCUGAUGUCCUGUUUCCUCCAUUCAUUUGCUCAAACUCACCAAGUAGACGACCCUCUGAUGUCCUUGUUCCUCCAUUCAUUUGCUCAAACUCACCAAACCCCUCUGAUAUCCCUUGUUCCUCCAUUCAUUUGCUCAAACUCACCAAGUGGACGACCCUCUGAUAUCCCUUGUUCCUCCAUUCAUUUUGCUCAAACUCACCAAGUAGACAACCCUCUGAUAUCCCUUGUUCCUCCAUUCAUUUGCUCAAACUCACCAAGUAGACGACCCUCUGAUAUCCCUUGUUCCUCCAUUCAUUUGCUCAAACUCACCAAUAGACGACCUCUGAUAUCCCCUUGUUCCUCCAUUCAUUUUUCAAACUCACCAAGUAGACGACCCUCUGAUAUCCCUUACGACCCUCUGAUAUCCCUUGUUCCUCCAUUCAUUUGCUCAAACUCACCAAGUAGACGACCCUCUGAUAUCCCUUGUUCCUCCAUUCAUUUGCUCAAACUCACCAAAUGGGACGACCCUCUGAUAUCCCUUGUUCCUCCAUUCAUUUGUUCAAACUCACCAAGUAGACGACCCUCUGAUAUCCCUUACGACCCUCUGAUAUCCUUGUUCCUCCAUUCAUUUGCUCAAACUCACCAAGUGGACGACCUUCUGAUAUCCUUGUUCCUCCAUUCAUUUGCUCAAACUCACCAAAUAGACAACCCUCUGAUAUCCACUGUUCCUCCAUUCAUUUGCUCAAACUCACCAAGUAGACGACCCUCUGAUAUCCCUUGUUCCUCCCAUUCAUUUGCUCAAACUCACCAAGUAGACGACCUUCUGAUAUCCCUUGUUCCUCCAUUCAUUUGCUCAAACUCACCAAGUGGACGACCUCUGAUAUCCACUGUUCCUCCAUUUCAUUUGUCAAACUCACCAAGUGGACGAUCUUCUGAUAUCACUGUUCCUCCAUUCAUUUGCUCAGAAAACUCACCAAGUAGACAACCCUCAUUAUCCUUGUUCCUCAGUAUUUCUCAAACUCACCAGUGGACAACCUCAGUAUCCCUUGUUCCUCCAUUCAUUUGCUCAAACUCACCAAUAGCCGACCCUCUACAAUGUCCCCUUGUUCCUCCAUUCAUUUAUCCAAACUCACCAAGUGACGACCCUCUGAUAUCCCUUGUUCCUCCAUUCAUUUGCUCAAACUCACCAAAUAGACGACCCUCAGUAUCCUUGUUCCUCCAUUCCAUUUGCUCAAACUCACCAAAUAGACGACCCUCUGAUAUCCUUGUUCCUCCAUUCAUUUGCUCAAACUUUCCAAAUAGACGACCCUCUGAUAUCCCUGUUUCCUCCAUUCAUUUGCUCAAACUCGCAAUGGACGACCUUCUGAUAUCCCUGUUUCCUCCAUUCAUUGCUCAAACUCACCAAGUGGACAACCCUCUGAUAUCCUUGUUCCUCCAUUCCAUUUGCUCAAACUCACCAAAUAGACGACCCUCUGAUAUCCUUACGACCCCUCUGAUAUCCCUUGUUCCUCCAUUCAUUUGCUCAAACUCACCAAAUAGACUGACCCCUCAUGUCCCUUGUUCCUCCAUUCAUUUUGUCCAAACACACCAAGUAGACGACCUUCUGAUAUCCACUGUUUCUCUAUUCAUUUGCUCAAACUCACCAAGUAAACGACCCUCUGAUAUCCUUGUUUCCUCCAUUCAUUUUGCUCAAACUCACCAAGUAGACGACCCUCAGUAUCCUUGUUCCUCCAUUCAUUUUGCUCAAACUCACCAAAUGGACGACCCUCUGAUAUCCACUGUUCCUCCAUUCAUUUGCUCAAACUCACCAAGUAGACGACCUUCACAGUAUCCUGUUCCUCCAUUCAUUUGUAAACUCCACCAAGUAGACGACCUUCUGAUAUCCUGUUUCCUCCAUUCAUUUGCUCAAACUCACCAAGUAGACGACCCUCUGAUAUCCUUGUUCCUCCACAUUCAUUUGCUCAAAUACCAAGUAGACGACCCUCUGACGAUAUCCACUACGACCUCAAUCAUCCUUGUUCCUCCAUUCAUUUGCUCCAAACUCACCAUUGGGCGACCCUCUGUUCAUCCACUGUUCACUCCAUUCAUUUGCUCCAACCUCUACCAAGAACGACCUCAUUAUCCCUUGUUCCUCCAUUCAUUUUGCUCAAAACUCACCAGAGUGGACGAUCCUCUGAUAUCACUGUUUCCUCCAUUCAUUUGCUCAAACUCACCAAGUAGACAACCCUCUGAUAUCCUUGUUCCUCCAUUCAUUUGCUCAAACUUUCCAAGUAGACGACCCUCUGAUAAUUCAUUUGCUCAAACUCACCAAGUGGACGACCCUCUGAUAUCCCUUGUUCCUCCAUUCAUUUGCUCAAACUCACCAAGUGGACGACCUUCUGAUAUCCCUGUUCCUCCAUUCAUUUGCUCAAACUCACCAAGUAGACACCCUCUGAUAUCCUUACGACGACCCUCUGAUAUCCCUUGUUUCCUCCAUUCAUUUGCUCAAACUCACCAAGUAGACAACCCUCUGAUAUCCCUUGUUCCUCCAUUCAUUUGCUCAAACUCACCAAGUAGACAACCCUCUGAUAUCCCUUGUUCCUCCAUUCAUUUGUCAAACUCACCAAGUAGACGACCCUCUGAUAUCCCUUGUUCCUCCAUUCAUUGCUCUUCAUUCAUUUGCUCAAACUCAUUCAUUUGUCAGACGACCACGACCUCUGAUAUCCCUUUUCUUUUUCCUCCAUUCAUUUGCUCAAACUCACCAAGUAGACGACCCCUGAUAUCCUUUUGUUCCUCCAUUCAUUUGCUCAAACUCACCAAUCAAACUCCUAGACGACCCUCUGAUAUCCCUUGUUCCUCCAUUCAUUGCUCAAACUCACCAAGUGACAACCCUCUGAUAUCCACUGUUCCUCCAUUCAUUUGCUCAAAACCAAGUAGACGACCUCUGAUAUCCUUGUUCCUCCAUUCAUUUUGCUCCAAACAGACGACCUCUGAUAUCCCUUUACGACCCUCUGAUAUCCCUUUGUUCCUCAUUCAUUUGCUCCGACUUCCCAACAGACGACACUCUGAUAUCCUUUUGUUCCUCCAUUCAUUUGCUCAAACUCACCAAAUAGACGACCCUCUGAUAUCCCUUGUUCCUCCAUUCAUUUGCUCAAACUCACCAAAUAGACGACCCUCUGAUAUCGCUUUUGUUCCUCCAUUCAUUUGCUCAAACUCACCAAGUAGACGACCUCUGAUAUCCUUGUUCCUCCAUUCAUUUUUGCAAGUAGACAAAUCCCUUUUGUCUUCUUCCAUUCAUUUGCUCAAUGGACGACCUUCUUUCCCUCUAUUCCCAUUUGCUCAAACUCUUCAAGUAGACGACCCUCUGAUAUCCCCUUUGUUCCUCCAUUCAUUUGCUCAAACUCACCAAGUAGACGACCUUCUGAUAUCCCUUGUUCCUCCAUUCAUUUGCUCAAACUCACCAAAUAGACGACCCUCUGAUAUCGCUUUUAGACGACCUUCUGAUAUCCUUUUUUUCCUCCAUUCAUUUGCUCAAACUUCCAAAUGGACGACCUCUGAUAUCCCUUUGUUCCUCCAUUCAUUUGCUCAAACUCACCAAAUAGACGACCUUCUGAUAUCCCCUCCAUUCAUUUGCUCAUACUCAUUAGACGACCCUCUGAUAUCCUGUUUCCUCCAUUCAUUUGCUCAAACUCACCCAAAUAGACGACCCUCUGAUAUCCUUGUUUCCUCCAUUCAUUUGCUCAAACUCACCAAAUAG